GCUCAAAAUAAACUUCUGUACAUGUGUGGUUUGACUCAGUUUGAUAUUGACAUCGUACAAGCUUUCUCAAAUGGAAGAACACCUGGUAUUGACGGACUAGAAUGUUCUGAUUUACACGAGGUGUUUUUUCAGUCAUGUUGGAGACUAGAUGUCCUUAUGUUGUUGGCUGGUUGCUGCAUUCUUUCCCAAGGUUCACUAGCUCGGCAAGACCCUCUCGAGCUCAGGAUUAAAAGUGGUGUAGUUCGUGGCAAGAUUGUGAGUUUGCCUGAUAACCGAGGCGAAGCGUUUGCUUUCCUAGGAAUACCUUUUGCCGAGCCUCCAGUUGAAAAUCUUCGUUUUCGUGAGCCUGUACCAAUAUCAAAGUGGAGCGGUGUUUAUGAUGCUACUAAUUUUGGAAAUUCUUGCAUGCAGAAACUAGACAUGUUGUAUCCUGAUUUUCCAGGCGCUGAAAUGUGGAACCCCAAUACACAAGUUAGUGAAGACUGCUUGUACUUGAAUGUGUGGACUCCAUCACCAAAACCUCAUAAAGCGGCCGUCAUGGUAGGAAACUAUGGAAUGUAUGACCAAGUUCUUGCCUUAAAAUGGAUGAAAUCUAACAUUGGUACUUUUGGAGGAGACCCAAACAGGGUCACUAUCUUUGGAGAAAGCACUGGAGCAGCAAGUGUAGGUCUACAUCUACUAUCACCAUUGAGUGAACCAUUAUUCAAUCGCGCCAUAUUGCAGAGUGGUACACCUGAUGCCGAGUGGGCUGUGAUGACCCAUGGCGGGGCCGAGACGAAAUCUCAAAUUCUUGGUUCAUUUCACGGGUGCAAUUUCUCUCAAAGUGACUUUGUGGAUUGCCUUCGCAAUGUUAGUGCCGAUGAAUUGAGUGCACGCGAAAGGCAGUUUUCCGAAAUGCCAUGGACCCCCAUCGCUGAUGGGAAGUAUUUACUGUACGAUCCUAAACACUCGGAUGAAGGAAGGUAUUUUAUUUUGUAUGGAUUUGUACCAGGAUAUGAAAAAGACUCCACCAACUUACAGACAUAUGAAAACUAUUUAGCCAAUGUAGAUUAUACCAACUCUGAUUUGAAUACUUGUUCCAGGGCAGCUAUUAAAGACCACUACACACACUGGGAAUCGCCCCAUGAUGCUGUUGUUAACCGCGAUAACUUAGGUGAUGUGAUUGAUGACCGACUACUCAUAUGUCCAACAGUAAAUUUUGCUCAUAAAUAUGCACAGACAAAUGUAAACGUGUAUUCGUACCAGUAUAAUAUCAGAGACAGUCAGAAUCCAUGGCCAGAAUGGAUGGCAGUCAUUCAUGGUGAUGAAAUUCAGUUUGUGUUUGGUAUACCCUUAAAUCCCGCAAAUGAAUUUACUGAGAAAGAGGUUCGAUAUUCGGAAAAAAUAAUGGCUUAUUGGACGAACUUCGCUAAAUCAGGAGUCACGUGA